AUGCCAAAAGUCGUAUCGAGGAGUGUGGUCUGCUCUGACACUAGGGAUCGUGAAGAAUAUGACGACGGAGAGAAGCCAUUGCACGUCUACUACUGUCUCUGCGGGCAAAUGGUGUUGGUUCUGGACUGUCAGCUUGAAAAGUUGCCCAUGAGGCCCAAGGACAAAGCCAGAGUUAUAGAUGCUGCGAAACACGCUCACAAGUUUUGCAACGUGGAGCAGGACGAGACCACUUACAUCAAAAGAGAAGCGGGUAUUGAGAGGCAGUUCAGGAAGAAGUGCGGCAAGUGCGGACUGCUGCUUUUCUACCAGCAUCAAGACAAGAACACCACCGCCACUUUUGUUGUUGACGGUGCCGUGGUGAAGUUUGGCCAGGGAUUUGGAAAUACCAGUGUGUACAGCCAAAAGCCACCCGAAGCCCCUAAGAAGGUGCGAGUGAUGAUGACCAAGAGGACCAAAGACAUGGGGAAAUUCAGCUCAGUCACUGUCUCCACCAUCGAUGAGGAAGAGGAGGAGAUUGAAGCCAGAGAAGUGGCUGAUUCCUACGCUCAAAACGCCAAAGUAAUUGAAAAGCAGUUGGAGAGGAAGGGCAUGAGCAAGAGAAGACUGCAGGAGCUGGCUGAGCUGGAGGCCAAAAAGGCUAAGAUGAAGGGAACACUUAUUGAUAACCAAUUUAAAUUUAUCCUAUUUGAAAGACUUUACGGGAUGGAUGCAGAGGGCUUUGGGGAGCUGUUGCAGCAGGCGGAGCAGCUCGCUGCAGAGACCGAAGCGGUGUCAGAGCUUCCUCAUGUUGAAAGAAACCUGCAGGAGAUUCAGCAGGCGGGAGAGAGGCUGCGCUCACGCACCCUCACUCGUACCUCUCAGGAUGCUGCUGAUGUCAAAGCAUCAAUUCUCUUGGGUUCCAGAGGGUUGGAUAUAUUUCACAUUUCACAAAGACUUGAAACCUUGAGUGCUGCAACAACAUUUGAACCCCUGGAACCAGUAAAAGACACUGACAUUCAGGGAUUCCUAAAGAAUGAAAGGGACAAUGCACUCCUGUCGGCCAUUGAGGAAUCUCGCCGCAGGACAUUCCUCUUGGCAGAAGAAUACCACCGGGAGUCGAUGCUUGUGCAGUGGGAGCAGGUGAAGCAGAGAGUUCUACACACACUCCUUGGAGAAGGAGAAGAUGCUCUGGACUUCACUCAAGAUAUGGAGCCCAGUUUUGUGAGUGAAGUUUCAGCCCCCGGAAGAAGUGCUUUGGACAGCACAGAAGUGGCUUAUGGCCGACAGAUAUACAUUUUCAAUGAAAAGAUAGUGAAUGGUCACAUACAGCCAAAUCUGGGUGACCUGUGUGCUGCUGUCGCUGAGGGUCUUGAUGACAAGAAUGUGUCUGAUGUCUGGUCCAUGGUGAAGCAGAUGACUGAUGUGUUGCUGGUUCCGGCCAAAGAUACUCUUAGAAGCCGCACUUCUCUGGAUAUGCAGUUGGCUUUUGUCAGAAAGGCAGUUAGUUUUUUGGAAAGCAGCUACAAAAACUACACUAUGGUGACUGUCUAUGGAAACCUUCAUCAAGCACAGCUCGGAGGAGUGCCAGGAACAUACCAGCUUGUCCGCAGUUUUCUUAACAUCAAACUACCAGGACCUCUGCCCGGCAUGCAGGACGGUGAGAUCGAGGGCCAUCCUGUAUGGGCAGUCAUUUAUUACUGCUUACGUUGUGGAGACCUGAGCGCAGCCAUGCAGGUGGUGAAUAGAGUGCAGCAUCAGCUUGGAGAUUUCAAGACCUGGUUUCAAGAAUACAUGCUCAGCCCUGACAAGAGGCUUACACCAACAUCAGAAAACAAACUUCGGCUGCACUACCGCAGAGUGCUGAGGAACUGUGCUGAUCCAUACAAGAGGGCUGUCUACUGCCUGCUUGGUAAAUGUGACAUCAGUGACAACCACGGGGAGGUGGCUGACAAGACAGAAGACUAUUUGUGGCUUAAGCUGAGCCAGGUGUGUUUUGACGAUGACAGCAGCAGCGCUCCCCAGGACAGACUCACUCUCCCACAGCUGCAAAAACAGCUUCUGGAAGACUAUGGAGAGACGCACUUCUCAGCGAGCCAGCAGCCCUUCCUGUAUUUCCAGGUGCUGUUCCUGACCGCUCAGUUUGAGGCGGCCGUGGCGUUCCUGUUUCGUGCGGAAAGGCUGCGCAGUCACGCCGUCCACGUGGCCCUGGUGCUUUAUGAGCUCCAACUGCUGCUGAAGGCGUCUGGACAAAGUGCUCAGCUUCUAAGCCAAGAACCCGGAGAUCCCCCCAUGGUCCGCAGACUGAACUUCAUCCGCCUGCUCAUGCUUUACACCCGCAAGUUUGAGUCCACUGACCCCCGGGAAGCCCUACAGUACUUUUAUUUCUUACGCAACGAGAAGGACAGCCAAGGAGAAAACAUGUUUAUGCGUUGUGUUAGCGAGCUUGUUAUUGAGAGCCGUGAGUUCGACAUGCUACUGGGGAGGUUAGAGAAGGAUGGCAGCAGAAAGCCUGGAGUCAUAGAUAAGUUUGCUGGCGAUACAAAAGCCAUCAUCAGUAAAGUGGCCCUGGAGGCUGAGAACAAGGGCUUGUUUGAAGAGGCAGUCAAACUCUAUGAGCUGGCCAGAAACUCUGAUAAGGUUUUGGAGCUUAUGAACAGGCUUCUGAGCCCAGUGAUCGCACAGGUCAGCGCGCCACAGUCCAACAAGGAGAGGCUCAAGAACACAGCCGUGGCCAUUGCUGAGAGGUACCGCUCCCAAGGUAUAUCAGGGGAGAAAUCUGUGGACAGCACUUUCUAUCUGCUUCUGGACUUGAUGACGUUUUUUGACGAGUACCAUGCGGGACACAUUGACAGAGCCUACGAUGUGAUGGAGCGUUUAAAGCUUCUGCCUCUCAGUCAGGAGAGCAUUGAAGAGAGAGUGACUGCAUUCAGAAACUUCAGCGAUGAGGUCCGCCAUAACUUGUCAGAGGUGCUGCUGGCCACCAUGAAUAUUUUGUUUACUCAAUACAAGCGGCUGAAAAGUGCCCCGGCGGGGACACCAGGAAGAUCUCAAAGGACCAUUGAUGACAGAGAUGUGCAACUGCGCAAUCAGGCCAGGGCUCUGAUCACCUUCGCUGGGAUGAUUCCUUACAAUAUGGCAGGCGACACCAACGCAAGGCUGCUGGGCGUGGUCCUUGUGGUCCUUGUGGUUCUCAUUGGAUUUGAGUCCAAACACUUUGUCAACGGUGAGUACAGACAAAGCUGCCUUCAUGGUGAAACUGUGGUGCGAGUAGAAGAGCUUGAAGCCACAAUCCAGAUGAUGCUGUACACAGACCACUCUUACAACCAGCCCUACACCUUUGCCCCCUCCAUUGAGCUGGGUGAUAAGGUGUAUGUGGAAGUGAUGGUGACCGAACCGGCAGAUUUCUUUCUGCUGCGGGUUAAUGAGUGUUCGGCCACUCAAAGUCCCCAGGCCAACUCCACUGAUGGUGACGUUCAUAGGCUCCUUCUAAAUGGAUGUGUUGGGGAUGACACUGUCCUGUUUCUUAAUGAGAGCAAUGGUGAAGGCUCCAUCGUUCGCUACAGCUUCGAAAUGUUCCAAUUCACCACAGAACCAUAUGACGUUUAUUUGCACUGCGCGGUUCAGAUCUGUGAGCCAGGGGACUACAGGACGUGUAAACCUAACUGCAACUCGAACACUAAAAGAGAAGUGCGAUCAGCCAUGACGGCUAACGGCCUUCUGUCGUAUGGACCAAUCAGGCUGGAUGUGUCUGAAAAAGUUCAGUCCAACAUUUUGGCGUCGGUGGUGCUGCCUGUUGCUGGAGUUUGGAUUGCUGGCUUUUUUCUGGUCAUCCUCAUCAUGCUCAAGCGAGAUCUGCCUUUCAACUAUGAAGUCCCACAUCUAAAGUUUGACUCCACCGGGGCCACCUCAGCCGCUGCCUGUGAUUUGUGUUUUUACUUUUUGACGCUGGAGAAGAGUGAGCAGAUCUCCUUGAAGAUGGCAUUUCUGCAUCCGUGCACCCGCAUCGUUAUAACAUGGUUGUUGACCUUGGCUCUCUCCUGGACAGAAGGGCAAGUCCCAGAGGAGGAGGAAUUGAAUGCAGAGACGUGGCUCCGUCAGUAUGGGUACCUCUCUCAGGCCAGCAGACAGAUGUCCACCAUGCAGUCCACCCACAUGCUCUCAAAGGCCAUCAGCGACAUGCAGCAUUUCUAUGGGCUGGAGGUGACGGGGAAAAUGGACCCGGCAACUGUUCUGGCAAUGCUCCGGCCUCGCUGUGGUGUUGCAGACCGAAAACCAGAUGAACUUGAUGACUCCACAAGGAAAAAGCGAUAUGCUCUUACUGGACAGCAGUGGAGCAAAGACCACAUCACUUACAGCAUUCUGAACCAGAAAAUCCCCUCCUCACUGGGAGAAGAUCUCACAUAUGAAGCUAUCCGCAGCGCUUUUGACGUGUGGCGAAAAGUCACACCACUCACUUUUGAGGAACUACCAGCAAUAAACAACAGCAGUCAAUCAGAGCUGGCUGACAUCCUCCUGCUCUUUGCGUCUGGUUUCCAUGGAGACAUGUCCUUAUUUGAUGGUGAAGGGGGGUCUCUGGCACAUGCCUACUACCCAGGACCAGGGAUGGGUGGAGACACUCACUUCGACGCAGAUGAACCUUGGACACUGGAAAACCAUAAUCCACAAGGCAUAGACCUCUUUCUGGUGGCCGUGCACGAGCUGGGCCACGCGCUCGGUCUGGAGCACUCAGAUAACCCUAGUGCAGUCAUGGCACCAUUUUACCAGUGGGUGCCCAGUCACAACUUCACUCUGCAUGAGGACGAUGUCAAAGGAAUACAAUACAUAUAUGGUGCGCCUCUCAUGACUGAUGCUCCAACCACAUUAACGUCUCCCGAUCAUCACACAACUGUUUCCACCACAACAGAAGAAGAACCCACCUCCCCUUACGAGACCACUCUGCCUCCAGAGACACGGCCCAGCACCAGGGCUGAUCCGGAGCCUACGACCCUGCUGACCACAACCACCUCAACAACAACAACCAAGCAAUCAGUCACCUCGGACAGAAGACCUGCCCCCCCCACGCGCGCCCCUCCACCUGAGUCUCCGAGGAAACCCGACAAUGUCCCGCCAAAUAUCUGUGACGGAGAUUUUGAUACAGUCACGAUGCUGAGGGGGGAGAUGUUUGUGUUCAAGGGCCGCUGGUUUUGGCGAGUGCGCAGGAAUCGUGUCUUGGAAAACUACCCAAUGCAUAUAUCUGGAUUCUGGACAGGUCUUCCCAAUGACAUUGACGCCGCAUAUGAGCGCCAUGAUGGAAAGUUUGUCUUCUUUAAAGAUGACAGGUACUGGUUGUGUCGCGAGGCUGACGUGUUGCCAGGAUACCCACAGCCACUGCACGUGUACGGUCGAGGGCUCCCGGCGCAUGGAAUCGACACGGCCAUUUGGUGGGAGCCAAAUGAAUACACAUACUUUUUCAAAGGAGACCGAUACUGGCGUUACAAUGAAGUAACUCGUACCACAGACGCCGAUUUCCCAAAGCCAAACAUUAGAUGGGGCAAAAUCCCCCCGUCACCUAAAGGUGCUUUCCUAAGUGAUGAUGGCGCCUACACAUACUUCUACAAGGGAGCUAAUUACUGGAGGUUUGAUAACCGGCGGGGGGAGGCAGAUCCAGGCUUCCCUCGCUCCAUCCUCAGAGACUUCAUGGGCUGCUCUGAGGCCCCACAUCCAAAGCCCGAUCCUGUGGAACCAGUAAACCCUACAAACAGGGACACAGACUCACGGGACACAGACUCACGGGACACAGACUCACGAGACACAGACUCAGACACCGAUGUGGAUACCAAAGUCCCGAUGGAGGAUGACGAUGUGGACAGAGAGGUGGAGGUGGUGGUGACGGCUGCUGGCGGUCACUCUAAAGUCAUGACGCUCAUAAUGGUGACCGUCCCACUGGUUCUGAUCUUGUGCAUCCUGGUUCUGGUCUACGCCAUCCUGAGGACUCUGCAGAACAAGGAGACGCCCCGAGCCCUGGUGCACUGCAAGCGCUCGCUACAGCAGUGGGUGUAG